GUAUAGAGUCAAAAUGGCGUGAAUUGUUUUUGCAAAACAAAAUUACAGAUGAGCAGUAUAAUUUGUAUGGUAAUGUAAGUUAAAUGAUAAAAGUAUGGAUCCAUUAGGCGCCAGAGAUGAUGUUAUUGAUGUAGACUCAUUAACCAAAUGGAACUUAACCCAACUUCCAGAAUAUACUCCAAGAGAAUCAGGUGAUGAAGAGAAACAGUCACCAUUUCCAUGGAGAAAGGAUCUAAAUGGGAAACUCUGUGUUUGGAGUGGUGAUAUUAGUUUAUUAAAUACUCAUGGUAUUGUACAUACAACGAAUGAAAAACUUAAUGAUAGAAGUGUUGAAAGUGAUUUGAUAUUUCAAAAAGCUGGUCCUGAUCUAUAUAAAGAAAUACAGUCUGAUAUCAAAGUGAUAAAAACCGGUGAAGCUAAGUUAACUAAAGGUUAUGGUCUUCCUUCAAGAUUUAUUAUACAUACAGUUGGGCCUAGAUUUAAUAUUAAAUAUUUAACAGCUGCUGAAAGUGCUUUAUACAGUUGUUAUAGAAAUUCAUUACAAAUAGCCAAAGAAAACAAUAUAAGAACAAUAGCUAUAACAUGUAUACAUACAAUAAGACGUGGUUAUCCCCCCGAUAGUGGUGCUCAUAUAGCCUGUAGAACAAUAAGAAGAUUUUUAGAAAAGUUUGGAAAUAGUUUUGAUAUAGUAGUAUUAGUGUGUAAUGAUGAAAAUCUGGAUAUUUAUAACCAUGUACUACCACUAUAUUUCCCAAGAAAUUCUAAAGAAGAAGAAUAUGCUAUAAGUAAUUUACCCAGUGAUGUAGGCAAUGAAAAUGGAGAACCAGUCAUACUUGAAAGACAGAUAAGAAUUUUAGAUAAACCUGCUUUUGCAGCUUAUAGAGAUGGUCAUGGAGAUUUUGAAGAGACAAUUGAUUUAAAUCGACAAUUUUGUACUUCUACUGCGCUGGAUGUAGGACAUCAUCCUUUUGCAAGCAUGGAAGAAAAUCCAGAUUCAGUGAAGCAAGGUGCACUGUAUGGGAAAAAUGCUGCAGAUGUACGGAAGAUUGAAAUACAGAGAAGAUAUGAAAGAUUAUUAAAGAGAUCCAAAUCAGAAGAUUUUAACAGCAUUGCUGGUACGAGAUUUUUAUAUCGUGCUGCUUUAUUAUAUUUAAUACGAGUUAUGGAUCCAGUAGCAGACAAUGACUAUGUGGUGAUUUAUUAUCAUACAUUAACAUCCAAUCAAAAUCAUAUACCAAUGGCUUAUCUUAAAUUAGCCUAUAACUUCUUAGAUUACAAAUUUAGAAAACAUUUAAAAGCUUUUUAUAUUGUUCAUCCAACAUGGUGGACUAAGUUAGCUACAUGGUUCUUUACAACAUUUACAGCCACAGAUAUAAAAUCAAAGUUACAGAUUGUUAAAUGUGUUCAGUAUUUAUAUUCUAAAAUAACUCCAGAUCAACUAGAUAUACCUAACUUUGUUCUAGAUUAUGAUACUAAGAUCAAUGGUCCAAGAUACACUGUACCUGAAAACACUUCACCAGAUGACCUCUGACAAAUUUUACUUUUUGUAUAACAUUGGAUUAAUAAAGAUCAACAUUUUGGAAAAAAUCUGCAAAACAUCAUCACUUGUUCAAACAUUCUAUCUUUGUAAAGAUUAUACUUUUAAUAUCUUAGUUUAGAAGUGACCCGGUUUCUGCUCAUUUAUUUGGAUAAGAUAUAUGAUAUUAUAACUAGUGUUUAUUUUUAUUCAGUUCAGAAAUGUUAUAAUAAAUGUUGGUGCAAGUUUUUAGGAAGUCUAUCAUGAAUAUGUCAUGGAUGGGCAACUGCUCCCAAAUAUAUAUUACACUGUUUGGAGUGUCUCAAUUGGUGCAAUAGCUGCAGUAUUUAGAAUGGAGGAUUUAGAUUAUAGCAUUUCUAUUUUGUCAGCAUGUUUUCAAGCCUGUUAAGUCACAAUAAAAAUAUUUUCUUAAUUUUACCCAUGACAAUCAUUAUUAUUCCUUACAUUAGACUUUGAUUACUAAUUUGUCAAUAUUUUUAGCAGUUUUAAAUCUGAUCUGUACAUAAAUGUGAUGUACAAACUAAUAAAUUAAUUAAAUAAUUUUUAAAAAAUCCUACGAAAUGCUCAGUAUUUUUGUUUAAUAUCUUUUUUUUUGUUAUUAAUGUUAUGUGAAUAUUGAUUGAAUGAUUGGUUGUUAAAUUGUUAUACAUUU